UUUUGGGUAUAACUCUAGACGGUGUCGCCGCGCGCACGCAGUUUCAUUGUGGCGCUGACUGGUGGCGUGUGCUGAAGCCUGUGGCGCUCCGUGUUCUGUUUGUGUACCGCGUGCAGCAGUAGAUCGCACACGCGCGCUUGACUCUACUGAGUUGCUGCUGUUAAAGUUCAAGGUGAAGUGAGUGCAAAAAAAAUUUACUUUUUAUUGUGAACCAAAACUAUAACCUCAAAAAUGGCUGUGGAUUACGUACUUGAAGACCUAAUGGCUAAACUUGGCGAGUUUGGACGCUAUCAGGCUAUACAAUUCUUUCUCCAAGUGCUCUCUGGCCUAACGGCUGGUCUGCAUAUGCUCUCGCUAGUUACCAUUGCCGCCGUGCCAGAACAUCGUUGCUUCAUUGAGGGCGUCGACAAUAGCAGUUACUCCUUCACACCUUGGAACUCAUCGGCCAUACUCGCAGCGAUACCGUUGAAACCCACAGGCGAGCUGGAUAACUGUCAUAUGUACGAUGCGCAAAACAAUACAGUCGCGUGUACUUCGUACGUCUACGAUCGUACAUAUUAUCAAGACUCACGCGCUAUCGAUUGGAAUUUAGUAUGCGAUCGCCGAUGGCUCGGUUCUGUGGCGCAAACUGUGCUAAUGUUGGGCGUGUUUACCGGCGCCGUGACUUUGGGUGGUCUAGCCGACAAAGUUGGACGUAAAACAGUAUUCUGUUGGUCGGCGCUAUUGCAGUUGAUUAUUGGUGUCGCUGUGGCAUUCAUACCGGAGUAUUUUUCAUUUAUGGCAGCGCGUUUCUUCCUGGGUCUUUUCGGCUCGGCUGGCGCGUAUAUUUGUGGCUUCGUACUCACCAUGGAACUGGUGGGUGCUAGUAAACGUACCGUGUGCGGUAUUACAUUCCAGACUGUCUUUGCCGGCGGCAUCAUGUUGGUAGCUGGUUGGGGCGCACUCAUUAAGGAUCGUCAGCUGCUGCAAAUUAUUUAUGGCCUACACGGUGUGCUCUUCCUCGGCCACUGGUGGUGGUUAGAUGAAUCGCCCCGUUGGUUAUGGAUGCAGGGACGUGCUGAAGAGGCGGUCGAUAUUGUCAUCAGAGGUUUACGCAUUAACGGCUCUGGCAUACCGGUGGAUAAGAAUUACUACGUACAGAAAGCCAAACAACAGACUGCAGUAGAGGAGAAGCCCUCCGCCGGUUUGGGUGGUCUCUUCAGCACACCUAAUUUGCGUAUGAAGACACUUAAUGUGUGCCUCUGUUGGUUUGCCAACUCGCUUGUCUAUUACGGACUCUCACUCAGCGCUGGCAAAUUAUAUGGUAACCCUUUCCUGAUACUCUUCAUUAUGGGUCUCGUAGAAUUCCCCAGUUACUUUACCAUUAUGGUUGUACUAGAUCGUUUGGGUCGUCGCCCCAUCACCAGCACGCUUAUGAUUGCCGGCGGUCUAUGUUGUAUUGUAACGGCAUUCAUUGCACAAGGUAGCAACUUGUCGACAGGGAUUGUGAUGAUGGGUAAACUGUUUAUUGCCGGUUCCUUUGCUGUAAUCUACAACUACUCGGCUGAGCUGUUUCCAACGGUUGUGCGUAACUCGGCAAUGGGUUUGGGUUCCAUGUGCGCGCGUUUAUCCGGUGCACUCACACCACUCAUCACCCUACUUGAUUCCUUUGAUCCGAAAAUUCCUGCCGUAGUCUUCGGCAUUAUUUCACUGUUAUCUGGUUUUUGGGUUAUGUUCCUGCCGGAGACAAUGAACCAACCCAUGCCCGAGUCGUUAGAAGAUGGUGAAAACUUUGGCAAGGGUGACACGUGGUUCGCACAAUGCGCGGGUCGUAAGCCCAGAAGGGAGAGUACAUAUCUAGAAGACCCUGAACAGAUGGUGCCACUGAAAACGAUUCAGAAAUAAGAGACGAGUACCUAAAACAACGCGUUCGCUAAACGCAAUUCACUGAUAUUCGGCAUUAUUGUUAUACAUACCAAUGUAUGGUAUCUUCUAUCAAAUACUAUUAUUGUUAUUACUUCUUAGAUAAGUAGUAAAUUGUUUUCAAAUUGUUAUCUCGACUUAGCGUUGAAUUUCCUUUCACACCCCUUACAAGUUACCUACAAAAAAGAGAUAAUAUCGAUUAUAUUUUAUGACGAUGCUUUCCGAGCACUUACAUAUGUAUAGCAUAUUGUACAUUCCCGUUAGUUACGAACAAAACUGAAAUAUUUUCUAUAAUUACAUAUUUUGAUAAAACAAUAUAAUAAAAUUAAUAUAAACAAUGUAAUAGAA